AUGCCACUUUUUAGCUGGAUGAAAUGGCCAAAAAAUGAUUCCUACAAGCAAACACAUUAUCCUGGCUCAGAUAUAGUAACAAAGACUCUGCUUCGGGAAUUAAAAUGGCAUCUAAAGGAGCGAGAGAGAUUUUUACAGGAGAUGGAAAAUGAGCAGAAAGUGAAAAGAGCAGGUGUGGAUUACAACUGGCUGAGAAAUCCUCAUGCUACCAUCCCAGCUACUGAACAGAGACAGCUUGAAGUUCUUUGCUCCCAAGUGCAACCUUGUCAAACCGGAGCUAUUCUCAGCAGAUUUCGAGAACUUCUGGCAGAAAAUGAUGUCCUUCCCUGGGAAAUAGUCUACAUCUUCAAGCAAGUUCUCAAAGACUUCCUCAGCAGUGCUGACAGAGGGGGUCAGCAUGCUGGCCCAUGGAACGCUGACAUCACCUCUUCCCCUGCCUCUGUGCUCCCAGGUGAAAGCUCUGAGAGGCCAGACAAAGAUGAAAUACCCACAGUAUCAAGUUAUGUAGACAGAAAUGCCAAGAGCAGGUUUCUGUCCUGCUCACACAGAGUAUGGAACCUACCAUACUAUUACCCAUCAAGCUAA